AUGUCCCCCACGACAGCCCUCCAGGGCCGCAUGAAAGAGCUCUCAAGUUCCCUGGGACAAAUUCAACCCCUCGUGGAUCGAUUGCGCGAUUUUACUGCUUCUAUCGGACAGGGUGAUGAAGCCCGCCUGGAGCUUGGGAGUGAAAUACAUUCCCAACUGAAGGAAGCCGAGCAAGAGCUAGAGCUGGUGCGUGUGGAGGUAGAAGCGCUGGUAACUGGCUCAGAUAGCAGGCGCAAGGCCCCUGCUGUCCAUGGGCAGAAGGAGGCUGAGAGGGAGCGGGUCAUUUCGAUGGUAGGGCGAUUGGCUGAGGAGCUCAAGAGAACACGAGGUGAAUUCCGAACCGCCCAGUUACAAGCGAAGCGGAAUGCCGAACUCGCCAAGCGGAAGGAGAGAGAGUUGCUGCUGUCGGGAUCGCACUCCAAGAAGAAGCAGCCGACAGAGAAGUUUACUCAGGAUGAUCUUGUUUUGAAUGCCUCGAACGACGUGACGUCUGCGCUGCGCAGAACCCAUCAACUCAUGCAGGCGGAGCUCUCCCGCAGCCAAUUUGCCCAAUCGACCCUUGAGCAAUCCACAGCCGCAAUAUCAUCUCUGUCCGAGUCCUAUAGCGGCCUUGAUACACUUCUCUCCUCGUCCCGCAGCCUGGCUAACUCCCUUCUCCGCUCCCAAAAGUCCGACACGUGGUACCUUGAGACUGCUUUCUAUGUUCUUCUUGCAACAAUUGGCUGGCUUCUAUUUCGACGUGUCUUCUAUGGGCCUCUUUGGUGGCUUGUAUGGCUGCCCUUGAAGCUCAUCGGCCGGGUCGCGUUUGCAACACUAGGUGCAGUCGGGCUCUCCACUACAGCUGUGCAGUCUGAUUCUCAGUCCCUCGCAGGGGAUAUCUCUACGGCGAUUCAUCAAACGGCCACGGCGGCUACAACAGGAACCGUGACAGCCAGUAUCACUGCCUGGGAGCAAGAGCCGUCAGCACCGAUCGACAGCGAUCGUGUAAUUGACAAAAUUGGUGACAUGGUUGAGCAAGAGAAACAAACAAGCGUAGACAUUGACGAUGUCACCCCGGAGGAGAGGGCAAGACAGGCAGAGCUUCCCCGGAAUACCAAAAAGCGGAUGUUCGAGGCCGGGAUGGAGGAGCCGGUGCGAGACGAGCUAUAG